AAAGCUUACACUUCAGUCGGUGAUUUGGAUAACUUUACGGAUUCCAUGAUUCAGUACGACUCGAACGCGCCGGCCGUGCUGAAUAUAACUUCGAUCGGAUUAAAGUGCAAAUUGUUCAAAUUAAUUUUUCUUUCUCUAUAAAUUAAAAAAAUUAAUAUACACGCGACAUAAUACGAGGACGGAAAUUGUGAAAAAAUGUAUCUUAAAGUUCGCAUGUCGCGAUCAUCACUUAAACUGAGUUGACAAUAAUAAGUUAAAAAUAAUAAUAAUAAUAAUAAUAAAAAUAAAAUAUAGUGAAAAUACUAAUUAAAGUGUUGUGCUUUUAUAGGAAUAAAAAUAUAUGUGUGCCUAUUCCUACAUUAAAAUUAGUUUUAUCACAAAAUGUGGUGGAUAAUUGUACUAUAGGAUAUAUCAAGAUUAGCUGCAAAAGUCACGGAAACCGACUUGUUGUCAACAGAAUAUACAGUUCAGAUCAUCAAAAUGGCAAAGAAAACAUCAAAGUUACAACAUGGCACCUAAGAAUAUUGAAUUUAAUAUUUCCAACUUCUAGAAAAUCUCUAAUUCUACCCGCCUGCCUUUUAAAUGGAUGAAUACGCCAACAUAACAUGGGAUCUAGAAACGCUAUGGAACUCCUAUAACCGUGCAAACGAAUCCCUGAAUCAUUUUCUGGAAAUGAUAAACCACACCACCGUCGCUCCGAAUAUAACAGAUAUCUUCGGUCCCACCAGGGACUCACUCCAUGUUGUGAUACCAGUAACAAUAAUCUACUCUCUUAUCUUCGUAACCGGUGUAGUGGGUAACAUUAGCACAUGUAUCGUGAUCCGAAAGCAUCGCUCAAUGCACACCGCCACAAACUAUUACCUCUUCAGUCUUGCGAUAUCAGAUUUCCUUCUUCUGAUAUCUGGUGUUCCCCAGGAGGUUUACUUCAUUUGGUCCAAAUGGCCAUACGUGUUCGGGGAAGUGUUCUGUGUUGGUCGUGGAGUAUUGGCAGAAACUUCAGCAAACGCAACAGUCCUCACAAUAACUGCCUUCACGGUGGAACGCUAUGUUGCAAUAUGUCAUCCAUUUCUUGCACAUGCCAUGUCCAAGCUCAAUCGUGCUACAAAAAUUAUCCUCCUUAUAUGGCUGAUAUCCCUGCUGACCGCACUACCGCAAGCCGCUCAAUUCGGGGUCAAUAGCUUUUUCGGAGUUAAGAAAUGCACGGUCGUCAGGAUAAUUGUGGAAUACUCAUUCCAAUUAUCGACGUUCCUGUUCUUCUUCGCUCCCAUGACCAUAAUAUUGGUGCUGUAUUUGCUGAUUGGAGUCAAAUUGCAUCAAGCUAACUCGUUAAAGUCGAAUGGUAAUAUUCUGUAUCGAUCCGGUAAUGGAAGCAGUGUGAGGAGCAAGAAUCAACAGGGGACCAAACGGGUAUUGAAAAUGUUGGUUGCAGUCGUUAUUGCAUUUUUCCUAUGUUGGGCGCCAUUUCAUGCACAGCGAUUAAUUGCAGUCUAUGGCGGUGAUGGCUUGCACAAUUCCAUAGUAAUUAAACUUUACAAUGUUAUGACCUAUAUCUCAGGUGUGUUGUAUUAUCUUUCAACGUGCAUCAAUCCCUUGCUGUACAACAUAAUGAGCAAUAAGUUUCGCGGAGCCUUCAAGGAAACGUUCCAGUGUUUCGGUGGGAGGAUCAUCUCAUCGUCGUCGUUCGAUGACGAACAGAGCCGCCAAAAACACGACCAAACUAGGUCGCAGCGAUUGCGAACUGCACUCCACGAAUCAGAUUUUACAAGCAGUUCUCAGCGAGAGGAAAGUAACCAGUCAACUACUUCAUGGCGGCUUAACCACCCCCUAGCUCAAUGUACGCUCGGCGAAGAUCAGUCUCUAACCAAAUUACCCUAUUGUGAUAGAAAAGCAACAUGCGUUGCGACGAAAGAGUGGGUUGCUAUUGGGGAUAAUGUCAUCAAAAUCGAUGAAUUCGAUUUGCCGUCCAAGGAAGCUAGUUUGAAUGUUCUCUAUGGUAGGGAUGGAGAAAUCGAGAUAAGACUAAUGCGGCAUAAGAAGUCAGCAAGCGAACCAGUACGUAAGAUUUGGUCAAGAAUUACACAAUUCUGUCGAACAAAUUCGGUUAAGUCUUCGGCGAGGGCUGGAUUCUAUACACCACCUAUUGAUGAGAUCUAUUUGAAUCGAUUUGAUUUUACUGUGGCGUUAAAGUCGCAACCAGAUAAACACCAACAUAAUGGAUUUUAUGGGGAAUAGAAUAGAUGCAGAAGCAGUAUUUUGUUUAUGUGAAACAUCGUGAGAGCAACACAUUAACAACAAGAAGCGGACAGUAAACUUAUAAAACGGCGUUUGAUGUUCAACCUGGCAUAACUAAAAAUUUCAAUUAAAUUAACUUGUUCUUGUACAACGAAAUUUAAUUUAUAUAAAAUCAAUAUCUGAGAACUAUUUUAAAAUAAUAAUUGAGUUUUGUACAUAUUAUGUGUAUAUAAAAAAAAUAUGUUUUAUACGAGAAAAAUUAAUAUUUUACACAGUAAAUACAAUUUUACAUGCCCAAUAAAAUUAAAUAUGUUAAUUUAAAAAAAAUUAUGUGUUGUGUUUAGACAAGCUUUUUGAAAAUUAAGAAAAAUCUGUUUAUUUAUUACAUGUAUAAUUUUAUUUUAAAAAUGAAUUUACACAAAGUUGUAUUUGUUAUUUCAAUAAUGUGGUUAUUGAAAUCGAAUUUUUAACUAAUGUGAUCCCAAUUAAAAUAUUGGUAUGUAAUUUUAAUAAGAAACAAUUAGCUUAAGAAUAAUAUAUAUAUGUAAGCUAUAAAAUAAAAUAAUGAAUUCUAAGAUAUUAAUAAAAUAUAAUAUUUUGAUUGAAA